GAAAUAUUCAGAAAGUUCUUUAUAUAUAUUACAUAUGAUAUUUGGCAGAGACAUUCAGAAAGCCCAAGCUCCUUCCAGGACGGACCUCGGUUACUUACUCUACCGGUAUGGCCGCGUUUUGCGGGCGGACACAACCUCAUCAGCUUAGCAUCAUGGGUCAACACUCAGCACGACGUCCAGUAAGAAGACACAGCUUUGGUUACACCUUCAAAGCAUGAUCAACAACGUCAAUUGAUACCUAUUCCUGCCCUCAGGCCAUCACCAACCUCCAACACGAGACUUCCAACAUGUCCUCGUCUCUCGUAUCUCGAUACCUCCCGUUCGCCUCCUCCACCACCACCGUCCAAGCUUGCGCGUACCUCGGAGCCGUUUGCUUAUUUUCCAUAUCCUUCCUCGUGUUCCUGAAUAGCAGCGUGUCGUUUGUCAUUACCGAUCUGAUAGGAGUCAAAGAUGGAGUUGGAGAUUUGGUCGGCACCUUAGGCUUUGUGGAUGAGCUAGUUGCGCUGUUUGCCUGUCCGCUAUGGGGGAUACUCUCGGAUCGAUUGGGUGUGAGGAUUGUCUGCAUUUUGGGAUAUACAAUUGUUGGAUUGGCGCUGUUUAUCUUUGUGCAGGCGAGGAAUGUCUAUCCCCAACUUCUGCUGGCCAGAGUCCUGUUUAGUUUGGGUGGCGCUGCGACGUGAGUAUCAGUAUCCAUUCGGUUGUUGGCUGUGUAUGUUGACGAGCUUGGCUAAUGUACUCUAGAGCUACCAUGGUUACUGCGAUUCUACCUUCGAUGACGGGGAAUGGGAAUGGGAAUGAACGGACGCAUGAGAAUGAGGGAAAUACGGAAGAUUUUGUACCACGCAAUCCCAUGCGACACAGCAUCUCGAAUUCCUUGAGUUCCGACCUCACCAUCACGCCUGCGACAUUUAGUGGACAGAACCAGGCUGGUGAAGACACUCGGGGCGAGAGAAAGUCGGAAGCAAAAACAGGACCUAGUCCUCCUCGUUUGGCUGGUCUGGUGGGAGUGUUUACUGGAUGCGGGGCCCUCGUAGCUUUGGCUGUUUUUCUGCCAUUGCCGGCCAGAUUUUCGCAUAUCGAUGGCAUUACUCAAGGACAAGCCGUUGCCCAUAGCUUUUAUGUUGUGGGGAUUGUGGCCUUGGUUGUAGCGGUACUUUGCUUCCUUGGACUGCGGGGUUUACAAGGAGAAGAGGGGAAAGGCUGGAGGUUACUGCUUGGAAAGUCGCCAUCGCGGGAUUACGAUCCAGUGUCGACACAGGAAAAUGAACAAGAAACUAGAGUAUCUCGAGAGCCAUUUCUCCCGUAUUGGCGCCUCUUAUUCGACUCUACUGUCCUGGGCUUCAAAGACGCCCAUAUUGGACUGGGCUACCUUGGAGGAUUCGUUGCCCGAGCCUCCUCGGUGGGCAUCUCACUCUUUAUCCCACUAUACAUAAACGCCUACUUCAUCCGUAGUGGAUUCUGUCAAGGGUCACCUAAUGACCCUUCGCCAGAACUCAAAAAGGAAUGUCGAGCAGCGUAUCUCCUUUCCGCGGAACUGACGGGAAUUUCCCAACUGAUUGCGCUUCUCUGUGCUCCGGCAUUUGGCUACCUUUCUGAUCGAUAUUGUCGCUUUAAUAUUCCACUGCUAGUAGCGAGUGUCUUUGGAAUAAUUGGAUACAUCGCAUUUGCAAGACUCGUAAGUCCCGAGCCCAAGAAUAUCGAGGGACGUGGCGGAAGUCCAGCUGUUUUCAUUAUUGUUGCAAUGAUUGGAAUCAGUCAAAUUGGAGCCAUAGUCUGCAGUCUCGGACUUUUAGGACGCGGUGUUCUGGGUGAUGAAGGUGGCUACAACCUCUCCUCUCAACUUCGUUCCCCGAAUCCGUUCAGUCAGACCUCGGAGACUGCUCCUCUUGUUGCAGCUCCAGAAACGCCACCAUCGAGAAGUCAUUUAAAAGGCUCUAUUGCGGGGGUAUAUUCUCUUUCCGGUGGUGCGGCGAUUUUACUGCUUACGAAGUUGGGAGGCACACUUUUUGAUACUUUAUCCCCUGGAGCGCCGUUUUAUAUGAUGGCUAUCUUCAACGCUGUUCUGCUCAUUGUUGGGACUGGAGCGGGUGUCUAUAGAGAGGUCAGGUUGAGAAAGUUCUUUACUUGUUGAAUCUUGGUGGAUGCAUGAUGUGAAAGUUAUUGAGGGCAAAAGGCACUCAUUUCCUGGAAGGACUUAUGAAUAAGCUCGUCGAGAGCCUGUUAGCAGGUAUGUCUGAUGCUAACGGAAGCGCUGUGGAUGAGGACAGCCGGGUAAACU